UCUCACUAAGUUCAGCAAUGUUUGCUGAAACUCAGCUGUGUGCCUGAAGCAAAACAAGGGAAAAAGUCUUUUAGAAUGACUGUUUUCACAUGACCAGGAAUUUAAACAAAGUCAUGUUUUUGCGCAGCUGUGGUUUAACCAUGAAUAAGAUAUAUUUUAUAAAUACAUAUUUUCCCAAUGAUGUUUCAAUUGUCUGCCAAAUGUUUUAACAUUUUUAAAUCUUCUGAUUUGUAGAAAACUGAGUGUCUGGCAGAAUGCCAAAUAAAGAAGGGUUCACUGAGUCUUUUGAAGAAGAGGUGGGAGUCUUGUGAUCCAAUUGCAUCGUUCUCAAGGAAUGUUCUCAGAAGCAAGUCGUUUGAGUCUUUACUUCAGCCUCUUUCUAGUGCAUUGAAGUUCCUGUUGAGCGAGUUGUUUUUGAUAUAAGGUUUUUAGACAGGUACUGAAGAGUAUUUUACAUCAGCCUUUCGACAGCAGUCUAAAGUCACCAGUCAGUCAAUGCCUUCAUCCCCAGAAUAUCAGUGAGUGUAAUACGAGUACUAGAGCUGGAAUUUCUGCGGUAACUUUACUGAAGACAUCCUGUGUUCUGACACAACAGCUUACUUGCUGAAAAUAUUAUUUGUACAAGAAUGGAAAGUGAUCUAGAAACCAGAAUGAUGGUGAGUGAAACACAGAAAAAUGACAUUUUAGCUUCACCUAUAAACAUACAAGAAACAGAAUCAGCCCAAAAUGAAGUUGUUAAGGAAGACCUACAAGCUGCUCGAAGGAUUGAGAGAUUUUCUAUCCCACUGGAUGACUUAAAAAUGCUGUUUGAGAAGACAGGCACUCCAAGGAAUUGCAAGAAGGAAUUGAGAGGUGGAGGUUCACCCUUUCUGCCAUCAAAGCAACAGCUUGGAAAUCUUCCAGAUUGUAGAGUUAGUGGAGACCUGGAGAAAACAAUGGAUGGCAAGGAAACAGGCAACAGUAAGGCUGCUGUCACAUCUGAUGAGCCUAGCCAGGCUGACAGUGUGCCUCUCGAUAUCCAGGAGACUGUUUCACUUAAGGAGAGAUUGGCAAUGUAUCAAGCAGCUGUUUCCAAGAAGGACAGCAGCUGCCCUUCAGUUGCCGGUCCAGAAGAGGAAGCGCGAGCUCUGCCUGGCGGUCUAGCAAGCGUGAAGAAACAAUUUGAAUCACAAGGGAUUGCCUCUUCACACAGUGCUGCUGCUCACUACCACUACCAGCAGCGAUCUGUGCAGGAUGUAACAACCACCAAUGAAAUUACAGUGAACAGCAGCACCAGAAAAACAGAACAGGGAGAUGACCCACUGCAAGCCAAUGAACACUUAUCUUAUCAAACAGAAACGGUCUCUGUUAUUGAGCAGAAUACUCAGCAAUCAAGUGUGGUGGAAAAUUUUGAAAAUCACUUCAAUGUAGAUGGAAUCUCUGAAGAUGAGAUGCCCAAAGUCUCCACUCGAAUGUUAAAGCAGCAGUUUGAAAAAUCAGCCCAGCCCACCCAAAUGGCAACAAACACCACCAAACAGAUUAAGGCAGAACAUAACUUCCAAGAUAUGGAGUGGCCUCAAGUUGUUUCCACUUCCAACAUUUCUACAACAGUGGGCAAGAUUACCGAAGUUGCAACAUUAAGAGAAAUAGACAGUGCAGCUGCUUCAUUUUCCGUCAGCUCCAGUAACCGCGGGAGUAUGGAAGAAUUCCCCCCUCCUCCACCAGAUUUACUAAAUACACCACCUGAAAUAAAUUCGUCACAAUCUCCCGAACCAUCUCCUUUUUCAAGAAAACAAGUCAUUCCCAAGGACUUGUAUACAAAACAAAGAAACCUGUAUGAGCUUAAACGUUUAUAUAAACAUAUUAAUCCAGAGAUGAGAAGGAACCUGGAAAAGGAAUUUAUUCAGGAGAUCAGUGAGAUUGUAACAAAUGAAACUAAAGAUAAUGAUGUAGUGGGAGAUGUGCAGCAGGCUCGAUACGUUUUCGAACACACUGGUCUCAGCCCUCAGAAAUGCAUGAGCCCAGAAAGAGAGUAUUUAGAAUGGGAUGAGAUCCUUAAAGGAGAGGUGCAAUCCAUGCGCUGGAUGUUUGAGACUCAACCCUUAGAUUCUAUCAAGGAUGAAUCCCCUAAUGAAAGCAGUGGAAAAUGGAUUUCACAGCAAGAAAUGAUAGCAGGAGGUGAUGUGAAGUACACAACAUGGAUGUUUGAGACACAACCUAUUGAUGCACUUGGUGUAAGUCCUCUUGAAUCUGCAGAACGCACUGGCAAGAUUCCUGAAUUAGCCAGAGGAGAUGUCCGCACUGCCACUUGGUUGUUUGAAACGCAGCCGCUGGAUUCAAUGAAUAAGAUGUACCAGGAAAGUGACCAGACCACAGAGACUUCUGUCACUAAAGAUAUCACCGCUGGUGAUGUCAAAACCGCAAGGUAUUUAUUUGAAACUCAGUCUCUUGACACACUUGGGCACUUGGAUUCAGUAGAUGAAAUGAACUUCCUGCAGUUAAAAACUGAAGUUGAAGAAAUAAAAGGAAAUGUGAAGAAAACAUCAAAGUUGUUUGAAACAUUGCCCCUCCAUGUUAUUAGGGACCAGUCUGGUCAUGUGCUGGAAAUCAAAACUGUUAAAAGAGAGGAGAUUGAGAGAGGAGAUGUCAGGACUGCUCGCUGGCUGUUUGAAACAAAACCUUUAGACAUGAUUAAUAAAGAUGUUUCAAGCAUAAAGGUUGUAUGUGGGAUCUCCAGGGAGGAAGUUAAUCAAGGAGGAGUGAGCAGGGCUAAAUGGCUCUUUGAAAUGCAGCCAUUGGACAGCAUCAAAGAGGAGAUAGAACCAGAUUCUUCUAUCAAAUAUAAAGAAGAAAUUCUUGGUGCUGAUGUUAGCAAACAAUGCUGGAUGUUUGAAACCCAACCAUUUGACUCACUAAAAGACAAUGAUAACGCAAGGCCUGUAGAAAUGGAAGAGAUAAUAGGAGGUAAUGUACGUUCAACAAAACAUUUGUUUGAGACUGUUCCUAUGGAUGCUUUAAAGGACAGCCCAGACAUAGAACACCUUAAAAGUACAAUUGCUUCUGAAGAAGAAAAAGGGAACGUGAGACAUCAGACUUGGGUUUUUGAGACCCAACCACUUGAGAUGAUUGGGGAAGAGAAAGAAAAAUGUACAAAAUUAAUUCACCUAGAAGAGAUCAAAAAAGGUGAUGUGAGCAAUUAUAGACAGGUGUUUGAAACAAUGAAUUUAAGUCAUGUUGAUGAAUCUAAAAAAAUUCAAGUGGAUGGUGUAAUCAGUGGUGCUGUACGGUCUAAUCGAACUUUAUUUGAAACAACUCCUCUGUAUGCCAUACAAGAUAGUGCUGGACACUAUCAUGAAGUUAAAACUGUGAGGAGAGAAGAAAUUGUGAGGGGUGAUGUUCGAACAUGCAGAUGGAUGUUUGAGACGACUCCUAUUGAUCAAUUUGAUGAAAGUAUUCAAAAGUUUCAAAUUAUCAAGGGGAUAUCUAAAGAAGAAGUACAAUCUGGUGAUGUGAAAACAGCUAAGUGGCUCUUUGAAACACAACCACUUGAUGCCAUCAAAUAUUUCAGCAACAUAGAAGGUGAAGAAAUUGUUACAAAACAGCUUGAUGACAUCAAAGGAGAUGUACAAACCUGCCGAUGGCUGUUUGAGACACAGCCAAUGGAUGCUCUCUAUGAAAAGGUAGAAGUUAAAAAUGAAGUAAAUGAGAUCCAGAAAGGUGACGUAAAAACUUGUACGUGGUUAUUUGAAACACAGCCUUUAGAUGCAAUAAAAGAUCAUUCAGAAACAAUUAUCACAAUGCGAACCAUUCAGCAGGAAGAGAUACAGGGAAGUGAUGUUCGAUUAGCCCGGUUUCUGUUUGAGACUGAACCUCUGGGAAACAUACAAGGGGAAAAGAAGGAAGAGUUUAGACAAAUAACUGAAAUAGAUAUUCAAUCAGGGGAUGUAUCUCGUAAGAAAUGGAUCUUUGAAAAUAAGUCUCUUGAUUUGAUUAACUCCAGUUCAGAAGAAACUUUAAAGAAAAUUAGAUCUAUGACAGCAGAAGAUAUUCAGAAGGGUAAUGUCAUUAAUUGUACUUGGCUUUUUGAAAAUCAUCCAAUAGAUACCAUAAGAGAAAUAUCUGAAGAAAAAGAAAGUCUUCGCACAGUCACAGACGUUCAGGGUGGGGAUGUUGGUAAAGGACGUUUCAUUUUUGAGACCUUUUCACUGGAUCAGAUUAAAGAAGAAUCAUCAGAAACUACAGAUUUCAAGAAAUUUAGUAUGGAUGAAAUAGAAAAAGGAGAUGUCAAAAACUACACUAUGUUGUUUGAAACCCAGCCACUAUACGCCAUCAAAGACAAGGAAGGAUGUUAUCAUGAAGUGACGACUGUUCGGAAAGAGGAAGUGAUCAGUGGGGAUGUGCGGGGUACCAGGUGGUUGUUUGAAACUAAGCCUUUAGACUCAAUUAAAGAAAAUGAUGAAGUAUAUAUCAUUAAAGCUGUGACACAAGAGGAUAUUAAAAAAGGUGAUGUUACUUCUGCACGUUGGAGAUUUGAAACACAGCCACUGGACAAAAUUGCAGAUCACGAGAAAGUAAUCCCUAAAACAAUCUGUGAUGUGCAAGGUGGUGAUGUGAGAUCAAGUACCCAGCUAUUUGAAUCCGAUUCCCAUCAAAAAUAUGUUAGAACAGUAAGUGUCAGUGAAAUUCAACAUGGUAAUGUUAGGACAGCCACCUGGCUUUUUGAAACUCAUACCAUUGACGAAAUAAAAGGAGAAGAUUCAGAAUAUAAGAAGAUUGAGACAGUUGGGCGAGAAGAUGUACAAAAAGGAGAAGUAAAACAGGCCAUUUGGCUUUUUGAAAAGCAACCACUGGACAGCAUACAGGAAGUUAAUGAAACAUCUACAAAAAUAAUUCAAGAAGAUAUUCCACAAGUAGAUGUUAAAACUACAACCUGGCUUUUUGAAACUACACCUCUGCACCAAUUCAAUGAAAGUCCAGCAGAAAGGCCAGAAAUAAUAGGGAAAAAUAUUGAGGAAACCCUUAAGUCACUUUAUGAUUGCAAAAUUCUUCAAUCCCAAGGAAUCCUUAUUGAAGCAAAUGAGGUUGGAAAUGUCAAAAUGGCUAAGUAUCAACUUAUGAAUCAAACCUCCCCAGAGAUACAAAAAGAACAGAUCGUCAGAGGAGAUCUCCAAAAUAUCAUGAUGAAAUUACUAUCCAAGAAAGAGACUCCAACGAAGGGAAUUACUGUUGACGAUGAUGAAAAAGGCAACAUCCAUUUAACUACAGCACAGCUUUUGAAGAGAACAACAGACAUUAAUGUAAAUAAAGAGGAAAUAAUUGGUUGUAAUAUUCAGCAAGUAAUCAACAAUCUUUUAAAUCAUGACACCAGUGCAAAGAAGGGAAUUCUAAUUCAAGAGAGUGAAAAAGGGGACAUUAGAAUGACAGUUUAUUCUCUUCUCAACAGGCCAGAUCAUACUAAAGUCUACCAAGAUGAAGUCAUUAAAGGGGAUGUACAAGGGGCAAUUGAUAAGCUUAUAACCACAUCUCAGAGCAGUGGAUUUUCACAGAAAGUUAAAGUAAAUGACACAGAAAAAGGAAAUGUUCAGUUUUAUACAACAUGCAUUGAAUCAGGUGCAUUAGACUACCUUAAACUCCUUCAGCAGGAGACUGAUGAAAGUGCUGUAAUUCAACAGGAGCCCAACGAAAUAAUACAUGGUGAUGUUGAAGCUGCCAAACAAAUGCUUCAGGCGCAGCAAAUGCAAAUUGAACGUACAGUUGCAGAGUCUGAAAUUUUGUCUGGAGAUGUCCAAAGUGCAAUGUUGGCUUUUACCGCAGAAAAGCAAAGUACAUCUGCCAACGUAGAAAAAGAAGAAAUUAUACCUGGAAAUUUAAAGGCAGCUUUGGAUUCUCUCAAUCAGGCCAUAAAUCAACCUGUACUUGUAGAAAAGGAACCGAUUGUACGAGGCAAUUUAUCUGCAACUCUCAAAUCUCUUGAAGAAGCAAAAUGUCAGAAAAAAUACAUUGAAAAGUUUGAUGUUAUCCCAGGGGAGAUUAAAAGCACCCCAGAUCCAUUAGAAAAGUCAUUAAUUAGUAGAGUUAAAGAGGAUGAGGAAGGUGUGGUGUGCAACGACCUCCAGAAUGUUUCAAAAUGUUUGGAAGAGGCUCAAAGCAAAAUGAAGCACGUUGAAAAAGAAGUCAUAAUGAAAGGUGACUUUCAAACCAGAAUGGCAAAUGUAAUGGAAGCAAGUUCUGAAAAGGUGGCAUUCCCACAUCAGGUGAGCAAUAAAGGAACUGUGAAAGUAAACCAAAAACUACCAGACCCCCCACAACAACUUCAUGCCAGUACACCAGCAGAUGGUCAAGAUACCACUGCAGUCCGCCAAGAAGGCCAGAAAAAGAUAUAUGUAGCAAAAAGUAUUGAUAAAGAAGAUGCACAGGCCUGCAUAAAAUCACACUUAGCAGCUCAAGAGCAAAAUAACAUGAAUAUUACUAAGCACAUUAACACAGAAAUACAGGCAAAACAGAACAUCAAUCAACCUGUGAGUACUCAAGAUGUUAGUAUGGGAGUAGAUAAGUCAGUGAAAAGUUACACAAGAGAGAAAAUUCAAACUGUUUUACCACCUGAUAAGCAACAUCAAAAUGAAGUUGUUAGGAAAGGCAGGAAAACAAUCUCAGACGUGCACACAGCCACAAAUACUUCUGAAUAUGUUGGUUCUCAAAAUGUACAAGUGACCAGAAUCAAAUCUACAGUUGAUAGUAAAGAACUGUUUCGUUCAGUUGACAGACAAACACCUAAGCAGUUUGUUCCAGUUUCAACAGAUGUUCAGAGAACCUUCCAGUCGCCAAAAAUUUCUGAAUUUAUUGACAUGUCAAAUACUGAGAUUUGUGCAGGAUCUGAUAUCGCCACUGGACAAGUGGUGAGCUCUCAAAUCAAUCAGAGCACUAAUAAUAUUCAGCAAAUUGCACAGACAACCUAUCCAAAAAUUCAGACUUUGCCAUCUCAGUCAAUCACAGAAAAUGAUGUAAAAGCUAAACAUGCAAUUAAAAACAUCAAGGAGUUGCAUAAAACUGACAACCUUAGACAGGGAGUAAAUAAAGGACUUGUACCUAUGAUCAAAUCUGGGACAUCUUUAUUAGAAAAAUCAAGAGUGUCUACAGAUGGCAUGAGCAGUAAAACUGAAAACACUAGAAGGGAAGGAUUAAGCCAUGUGAAAAAGAGAAAAAAGACCAUGCCGGAAGUUCAAUUUUCAGCUCAAACGUAUUCUUGUGCUGAACCAUCUCUUCCUCCCCCUCCUCCUCCACCUGUAGAAGACGAUGGUCAAAUGUUUCCUCUCCCACCACCUCCUGUAGUCCAAAUAAAGCCUGAGAUGUAUGAAACAGAACUUCCUCCUUCUCCUCUCCCUCCUCCACCUCCUCCCCCUGUUACUCCCACUAUAACUCUUGCCCAGGAAAAGUUGAUCGCAGGACGCCUUCCUCCAUCACCUUUACAAUCUGAGUUGAAUUUACUAUCACCACCACCCUCUUGCCCUCAAUCCCCUUCACAACAAAGAAGACUUGUUAACAAAGCAUCAAAGUUGGAGUCCACAUCAAAAAUGCCACAUCAAACAUGUCUCAAACCAUAUGAGCAAAUCAAGAAGAAAGCACCACCCAUUUCAAAUUCAAAUGCAAUUACAACAGAGGAAUCUACAUCAUCAAAGCUGGAUACUCAACAGCAGAGCCAGGAAUUCACACAUGAAAAAUCCAUUCAGCAUUCAUCGAGUUCACAGACUGUACAAUCUCCGUUCCCUCAGACAGCAGUAAGGCCUGUUCAAAAAUCGUCCCAGCCAAGGGGAGGAAAAUCUCCUUCUGCUAUCAAAAGAGUUUAUGUGCCACCAGCUCCUUCAUCUAAAACAGAAGUUGUAAAACCACAAUCUAAACCGUUUGUCAGGAAAUUUAAAACUCCUUUGAUGAUAGCUGAAGAAAAGUACAGAAAAGAGAGAGAAGAAAUGGAAAAAAAUAAAGCAGCAAAAAUGGCUUGGCCUGUAAAUACUGGAAAGGUAGUAACAGAAGAAUCAAAGUUCCCAGCAAGGGUUGGAUCCGAAAAUGUGAAGCCUUCAGUUUUGUCAACUGCAGCUGCUGAUCAUCAUCUGAAUUCCUCUGUUGUUCAGUUAAUGGAAACAGUAAACACGCCUACUGCUGAGAGACAUGCCCCUCAACCAAAACCAGCAGGUCCCACUGCUGAGAGACAUGAUUCUCAACCAAAACCAGCAGGUCCCACUGCUGAGGGACAUCCCCCUCAUCCAAAACCAACAGGUCCCACUGCUGAGAGACAUCCCCCUCAUCCAAAACCAGCUGAUCUCACUGCUGAAAGACAUGACUCUCAACCAAAACCAGCAGGUCCCACUGCUGAAGGAUAUCCCCCUCAUCCAAAACCAGGAGGUCCCACUGCUGAGGGACAUCCCAUUCAUCCUAAACCAGGAGGUCCCACUGCUGAAGGAUAUCCCCCUCAUCCAAAACCUGCAGGUCCCACUGCUGAGGGACAUCCCGUUCAUCCAAAACCAAGAGGUCCCACUGCUGAGGGACAUCCCAUUCAUCCUAAACCAGGAGGUUCUACUGCUGAGAGAUAUCCCAUUCAUUCAAAACCAGGAGGUCCCAUUGCUGAAGGAUAUCCCCCUCAUCCAAAACCAGCAGGUCCCACUGCUGAGGGACAUCCCAUUCAUCCUAAACCAGGAGGUUUUACAGCUGAGGGAUAUCCCCCUCAUCCAAAAUUAACAAUGCCUCCUGCUGCGGAUGGGAUAUCCUCAAAAACAGUGACCUCUGCUUCUUCCUCCCAGUCAGCAGUGUUGUCUGCUUCAGAGCAGUUACAUCGUAUCUUAAACAAUUCUGCAGAUGUAAUGAUUAAUAAGGAAGCAAUGUUAAAUGCUCUUAAAGAUUCAGUGAAAGAUAUUGGCUUGGAAAAUAUUAAACAACACAAGGCGGUGCACAAAAAGGCACAAGUACAAUCUGGUAAUCUAAAAUCUCAGUCAAUAUCUGUGCCAAAAUUUAAGGUUAAAACUAUUCAGCUCCCCAAAGAUGUUCAAAAAAUGCAGGAAAAGAGAUUUCAACAAAUACAAAAUGACCUUGUUGGUAUGGCAAAACAAGAGCAGCUUAACUUCACUGUUCAUGAUGAAUAUAGUCAUUCAGCGACUGAAGAGAGAGACUGGAACAUUGAAAGGAUGGCAAUUUCACAAACACUUCCAACAAACAUGAUAUACGAUCAUGUGAAAAAUAAGAAAGAGGUACAACAUAAUCAGCAGUCAUACAGAGCUCAUUUAAAAGAAACUCAGAAAAUGCAACAAAAGAAAGUAAAUGAGGCCAUAUAUAAAGAAGUGAAGAAUGAAAAGGGGCAGAAGCAUUAUGUUAAGAUGCAGGAAGAAGCAGUUCCAAAGAUUCAAGAACAAGAUCCACAGAAAGGUGAUUGGAAGGAAAGAGCUAUUGGAAAAAAUCAAGUCGAAACUAAAUACAACACCUUUCAGCAAAAAUCUAAUGCAAUAAAUGCAGGUAGUGUGCAUGGGCUGGUCCCUGCUCACAUGGAGGAUAUAAAACAGGAGAGCAAAGAAAGCAGAGAAAUGGCUGUGUACGAAAAGGAAUUUGAUAAAGGAGCUGCAAAAUAUUAUGUAGAAAUUAGUGAUAGUUACCGAAAGCGUGAGGAACUGCAAAACAUUUUAUUCAGAUUAAUUCAAUUUGAAAGAGAUAAUGACAAUAUAGAUUUAAAUGCCAUGAAAACCUUUUUGGAAAAGGUUCCAACCUGGCUUACUGAUGGCCAUGAAUUAACAAUGAAAGCUACCAAAGGAAAUAAUUUGCAAAAUAUGAAAAAGGAACUAACACAGAUUAAAAAGAAAGCAUUACUUAAACUCGCAUAUUUCGAUGAAUCAAUACAAAAAGCAUUGAUAUCUAUUUCUGGUUUAAAACUGGAAAAUGAAAUGUUUCGUUCUGCCUCGCCUUCACAGAAGAUAUCCAAGAUAAGUAUUGGCUCUUGCAAAUUAGAUAAGCACGGGAAAGACAAUGUAGAAGAGCAAGCAUGUGAAAGUAAAAGGGAACAAGUGAAUGAAAGUAGAUUUGUAGAGCAGAGAGCCCAAUCUCCAGCAAAAAGAAUGGUAUCACCAUCCCCUUCUUACAUCACUAUUGAGUCAACAGCUAGACGCACAGAAUCACCUCUUAGAACUGUUCCCUCUCCUCCACUUCCUCAGAAAACAUACAGUACACCAUCUCCAGUCCAAAGGGAAGCUACACAUACACCUCCAUUACCAAUGCGCAACUCAGAGAUGACAACAUCCAGAAUCCGCACAUCUUCAACAUCAUCCUCUCCAACAAGGGGCAGGCGUUAUGAUCAGCUUGUCAAACUUAAAGACACCACUGCGAAACUGUCACAGGGAAUUUCACAACCUGCGCAGCCUACGUAUGUUCAGAUACCAGAAAAGAGGUCAGAAAUUAUUCCAUCACCAGCAACUCUUCGACGUCAGUUAAAGAUUGACACACCAGUUUCAGAUAUGUUACCUAAAUCUGAAUCUCCUGUAACUUCUGUUACAGUUAAAGAUAUAACAGAAAUGUUUGAAGAAGCUAGAAGAUCAGAAGAAAACAAAGUUUAUACACGUAAGGAUCCCAUAGACAUUCCAGAACGUUUGGGCUCUGACACAGAGGAUACUGAAUCUGCUGCUAGCAAACAGCGAGUUCAGAUGCCGCAAGUAGACCUUUCAGAACUUGUCAAUAAAUUUGAAAUGCCAGAUCAAACAAAUUAUUUUCAAAAGGAGCAGGUCACAUCCACUGAAAAAGUAGGAAGUGAGUAUAAAGAUGACUAUUUCGGAAGAACAAAUGAGUUAGAAGAAAUCCCAAAAUUUGAUAUAAAAUCUGUUAAGCCUGUGUUUGAAAGUUCUGGACAAAUAUCUAUUCCUAUAAAACAUGAAAAUUCUCCAAGGGAUAGAAAACCUCUGAAAAAAUCUCAACAUUCUCAGAAAGUCAGAGAUGAAAUUAAGAAGUCAACACAAUCCAUGUUGUAUCCUGAAGCAAUUAAUAAGCAAUUUGCAUGUGUGGAUAACUUUGAAACUGAAGCAAUCGGCUCAAGAACUAGCAUUCAACACUCUGAAGUGUUUUCAGGUAUUGAUUCCAGGCAUGCUCCACCAACCUAUGAAGAUGUCAUUUCAGGGCAGACUUUAGACAUAUCAACUGAUAAAACGCCAGAAGAGCUGCUGAAGAAUUUUCAAAAGACGUGGCAGGAAAGUGAACGUGUAUUCAGGAGUCUUGGUUACAAAAUCUCAGACACCAGUGAAACCAUGUGGCAAGAAGAUGUACUUCAGGAACAUAUGGCUUUGACUGGUAAUCUGCAUGAAAGUGUGGAGAUAAAAUUUAAAAAGCAACAAAACUAA